AUGAACGUAUUCGGUCAUAUAGUUUCGAGCCGAGGAAUCCACCCUGACAAGAAGAAAAUCGAAUCAGUAGUCAAUACCCCAGCUCCCAAAACAACAGCAGAAGUACGCUCCUUCCUUGGUGUCGUCAACUAUUGUUCGCGAUACAUCAAAGAUUACAACACAACUACCGGCCCCCUUCAACAGCUGUUAAAAGAGAAAACCAAGUUCCAUUGGGGAGAGGAACAACAAAGCAGUUUCGUGAAAUUAAAGGAUGCCAUCACCAGAGCCCCAAUCCUAGCUCAUGAUUCCAUUUCAACACCAACUCGAGUAUUCGUGGACGCAUCACCUUGGGCUGUUGGCGCAGUGCUCCUCCAACAACAAUCCGAUUGCACCUACCGCCCCAUUGCAUUUGGAAGUCGUUCUCUUACCGAAACCGAAAUGAAGUAUUCACAAAUUGAGAAAGAGGCGUUAGCCAUUGUACUUGGAUGCAAACACGCACUUCCAUCUAUACUUAUAUGGCAACCCAAAUCAACCGGAAAACCAGCGCCAGCACGAGUAGAAAGAUGGUUACUUAGAUUACAGGAAUACGAUUUCACCGUGAUAUACAGACCAGGUCCACAAAAUUUAGCUGAUGCACUUUCUCAGUUACCCAACAAUAUCCCGAGAAGUAAUAUGGAAAGCUGUGCAGAUCGAUAUGUCCACUACCUUGCAGAGCAGUUAACGACUAUUGCCAUGAACACUGAAGAGAUCCAAGAACACUCGAAAACUGACCCCCGAAUUGAUUCAAGUUCGACAAUGCAUCGAGAACAACCAACCCCAUAA